UCCGAGAGAGGCGAAAGACACGCGUCCAGACGACGGAAGAGGCACACACAGACACAAAGAAAAGGUCGGUAGCAUGUCGGAUGAGGAUUCGCGUGCCAGCACUAGUUCUUCUUCAUCCUCAUCUUCCUCUUCCACUCAUCAGCAACCCGAAAAAGACACGCCUAGCAAGAAACGAGACGGUAAAGCAAGCAUGAGCAAGACCUCCAAACUACUCUCCACCAGCGCGAAAAGAAUUCAGAAGGAACUGGCUGACAUUAUGUUGGACCCACCACCAAACUGCAGUGCUGGGCCUAAAGGAGACAAUAUCUAUGAGUGGAGGUCGACCAUUCUCGGCCCCCCGGGCUCUGUGUAUGAGGGUGGGGUCUUCUUCCUCGACAUCGCUUUCACACCAGACUACCCCUUCAAACCUCCCAAGGUGACGUUCCGUACGAGAAUCUACCACUGCAACAUCAACAGUCAGGGUGUUAUCUGUUUGGACAUCCUGAAGGACAACUGGAGCCCCGCCCUCACUAUCUCCAAGGUGCUGCUGUCAAUCUGCUCCCUCCUCACAGACUGCAACCCUGCUGAUCCACUGGUGGGAAGCAUUGCCACCCAGUACACAACCAACAGACCGGAGCACGACAGAAUAGCCAAACAGUGGACCAAACGCUACGCCACAUAAUCGCGAGCAGCCGGCCAAAGAGAAGAGCUGCUUCAGGGUGGGGCGGAGUCUGGGGUCGAGGAAGAUGAAGACUGCGAGGGGGGGGGCGGUAGAAGAUGGGAGAAAAGGGGUG